AUGAAGGAGGAUCGGAUUUCCAUCUAUGCAGAGUUGCUCUCGAACAUCAGACAAGUCUCCAUCGCUGCUUCAUUGCCGUCGCCUCCAGGUCCCAGGACUGUAGCCAAAGUUUUCGAUGGCGGUCGACGGUUAUGCAUCGAGCAUGAUGGCCAGACCGAGGCCCUGGAUCUGCCAGGAACGGUGUUUGGCAAUACGACAUUGCAAGUUUCCCAAUCGGCUUCUCGCGAACUGACAUGGCGAUUGCCACUGUCUUCAGAAGGGACGCCAUUUCCGCACUUCUCACCCGAAACUCAGGCUGUUCCGUGGGUUGCUUCAGACCUUGAACAUGGGUCUGCCAUAUAUUGUCGAAGCUGCAACUCCAUCGUCAUUCCCAAGGACACCAUAGAAUCCUGGAAAGACUUGCCUAGCGAAAACUGGGCCGAAAUGAUGGAGUUUUGGCACUGUCACAAACCACACGAUCACAGUGAGCAUCAGCAAGAAAGCUUGGCAGAUAGAGGAUAUGGCGCCAAUAGUGUUAUAACUGCCCAGCCUGGCACUGGCUUUGUUGACAUUACCUCAUUCAUGUUUGAUGAAACCAAUUGUCAAAACUUACUUUUUUCGAUGUCCACUCUAGCAAAAGCUGCGAGAAAUAGCUCCGACGCUGUAGCAGAUGCAGCAUCGCCAAAGUUUCUACAUAUUUUCUGCAGUGAAUGCAAAGCAGAAAUCGGUCUUUUCAACAUGAAAAUCGGCUCAGUGACUCUGUUCAAGUGGCAGGUCAAAUGCAACACGACUGUGCCAAACAAUAGAGUCCCAAGCGGACCAGAGUGUCUUGCAGCAUCUCUUGUUGCAAAUAUCUCCAGAUCAGGAAGUGCGAAGUCGCUUAUAUCAGCACACGCGUCCGAAAAGGGGGAGAAUCUGACGACGCCGCUCUAUCUCUGGGUUCUGAACCCCAAUGUCGUCUACUCAUCCUCCUUUAUUCAGGGCAAGAAAACAGCGAUGAAGGUUCUGUAUCAGCAGAUUACCGCAGAAGAAGGCGAUAAACUUACAGAUUCAAUCGUAUUAGAUGUACAAGACUUGAGUCUUCCGACUGCCACGAUUCAAUUAUCAAGGGAGAUUCUAAAAUCGAGCAAUCGUCUACUGCCGGAAAAGGAAAGGUCCUUUAAAGAGUGGCAGGUCGGACUUUUGGAUCGUUGGGACGGAACAAGAUAG